AGGGGAUGAAAAGGAAACAAAUCCCAGAAGCCAAACAGGCGUCUAAAAUAAAGCAUUUUUAUAAUUGCUUGGGUUGCUUGAUGACAUAUAAUUUACAAACUUUAUGCCUAAAAUCGAUGAAAGAAUUCACUGAUUACUUGUUGGAUGUGGGGGGUUUAAAUCGAGGAUUUGUGAUAAAUCUUGUAUUUGCGAAUGAUGGGAUAGAAUUUGAACCUUCAUUCAAACAGUUUAGAAAUCAGCUUAGACUGUUGUACGAUUUUCUUACGGACGCGUGUAGGGUUCCACGGUUGGAGACCAUGUUGUAUAAGGAGACGGUCUGUCCCGGUAGGACUACUCUACAGCCGAUCAUAGACGAAGAACUAGUAGAAGGAUAUAAAAAGCAAAUAGCGGACUUAAUAAGUGAACAAAGAAUUGGACCAGAACUGAGAGUUCAGGAUUUCGAUGAUUACGUGUGCUUGUUGAAUGGAGAGUCUAUGUCAAAAGUGGAAUCGUUCAUCAACUCUGACCCUCCAAAAACUUUCGAAGAAUAUUGCGCGGAAGCGGUAAAAUGUGUAGAGCUAGCCAAAGAGAUACCGUCAAAACUAGAGGGGACCAUCGUGAUAGGGAUGUUUCAGAUGCAAAGAGGAGAUCUUAUCAAUUCACUUCGACAGGCAGCGACGAGAUUGGCUAACACUGUUUUACGGAGGAUGACCGAUGACUAUCAGACCGAGAUUAAAGCCAUAUACGACGGGUAUUCCCUGAUCGCGACCACGCUCCUAACUCCGCCGCCGGAUACGAGCGGGCUGAUGGAGCUCAUAGAGUACUACAAGAAGGCACAGGCGGUCCUCGUUGAUGAGAUGGAAGACAAGCUGAGGAAUGUGCUGCGUUACAUUGUGUUCCUAGGGGACUACACCAACUUCACGCCGUUGGAACUUAAGGCUAACAACCAGACUUUCCACUGGUACGCUCGCUUGCCCGGUAUUAUAGAAGAAUCUAAAGUUCUGUGUGAGCAAAAGAAAGUCGAGUACAAGGCUCUGCUGAAGACUAGAAUUGCUGACUUUAUAAAGGAUUUAGAUGUUUACGAAAUCCAAUGCAAUGAACUGCAAUACUGGGGUGACAUUGAACAGUUACAAAAAUAUGUCCUACGAGCUCGACGGCUUGACGAAAAGUUGGCUAAAGCUUUGGCGACAAUCGAUCAAUUUAACCAAGAAGAGACAUCUUUCGGGUACGAAUUAUCUCAGUACCCAAAGAGAAAACGCAUCUACGAUAAACUUGUGCCAUAUAAGCGAUUAUAUGACUCCGGAAAUGAUUUCCUCCAAAAACAUCACAAAUGGAUGACAUCUAAAGUUGGAAGUUACGAACCCGAAGAUAUCGAGGGUGACAUAGCAUACUAUUAUAAAAUAAUCUAUAAGCUUGAAAAAUCCUUUCAAGACGUACCCGAACCAUUUCGUCUAGCUGCAACAAUAAGAUCGAGAAUGGAUGACUUCAAGGUUCACCUUCCGAUCAUCAACACCCUGGGCAACCCCGGCAUGAAAGCUCGACAUUGGGAGAAGAUCUCCGACAUUGUCGGCUUCCCGAUCGUCGUGGACGAUAACUUGUCCCUCGAAAAGGUCAUCGACUUCAAUCUAGCGGAUUACAACGAUAAAUUCGAAAGCAUCUCAGAGGCUGCCACUAAAGAAAAUAAUCUGGAAAGGGCUUUGGACAAGAUGAUGAAGGAAUGGGCCGAUCUCACUUUCGAGAUUUUACCAUACAAGGAUACUGGAACAUAUAUCUUAUCGAGUAUCGAUGAAAUUCAGUUGUUGCUCGACGACCAUAUUGUCAAGACGCAGACUAUGAAAAAUUCGCCUUAUAUAAAACCAUUUGAGGAAACUAUAACUGAUUGGGAGGGCAAGUUGAUAUUAUUGCAAGAGAUCUUAGACGAGUGGUUGAAGGUACAGGCCACUUGGAUGUACCUGGAACCCAUUUUCUCAUCUCCAGACAUUCAGCAACAAAUACCCGAGGAAGGGCGUCGCUUCAGUGCUGUUGAUAAGACUUGGCGCGAAAUUUUGAAAGCUGCCUUCCUAGAACCUCGAGUUUUAGACGUGAUCAUGAUAGACAAAAUGUUGGACAAAAUGAAGAAAUCCAACAAUUUGCUGGAAAUGGUCCAGAGAGGCUUGAAUGCGUAUCUGGAGAAGAAACGUUUGUAUUUCCCGCGCUUCUUCUUCCUGUCCAACGACGAGCUGCUUGAGAUUUUAUCGGAGACUAAAGAUCCUAUGCGAGUGCAACCUCACCUCAAGAAAUGCUUUGAGGGAAUCGCAAAACUGUCAUUUACGCCCGAGAUGGUCGUGACUCACAUGCGUUCAUCGGAGGGUGAGAUUGUGGAGUUGACUAUGACUAUUGAUACUGUAGAAGCAAAAGGACAGGUAGAAAAAUGGUUACUAGAACUGGAGUUCUCCAUGAAAGACUCUGUUCAUCACGCUGUGGCUCUCUCGUACGAUGACUACAUGCAGGUGCCGCGGCAGCACUGGGUGCUCGUGUGGCCGGGUCAAGCUGUGCAAUGCAUAGCAAUGACAUACUGGACUUCUGAGGUGACAGAGGCUAUUCUCAUCAGUGUGGCGGCCAUGAAGCGAUACUGGGACAAGUGUCAAUUCCAAAUCUCCAAAAUUGUGGACCUUGUUCGCGGGGAGCUUAAUUUGCAAAACAGAAUUACUCUUGGGGCUCUGGUUGUAUUGGAUGUACAUGCCCGGGAUGUACUCUUAUUGCUUAUCGACUGCAAAGUGCAAAAGAUCAACGACUUUAACUGGCUCUCUCAAAUCCGUUACUAUUGGGAGAAACAAGAAAAUCAGAGUAUGCAAUGUGCAACCCGCAUGAUAAACUCUCAGUUGAUGUACGGCUACGAGUAUCUCGGAAACGCGGGCCGCUUGGUUGUCACGCCGCUCACAGACAGAUGCUUCAGAACACUCUUCGGCGCUCUACAUUUGAACUUAGGUGGUGCUCCAGAAGGUCCGGCGGGAACCGGCAAGACAGAAACUACCAAAGAUUUAGCUAAGGCCGUCGCUAAACAAUGCGUCGUGUUCAACUGCUCAGAUGGUCUAGAUUACAUUGCUCUUGGAAAAUUCUUUAAGGGUUUGGCAUCAUGCGGUGCUUGGUCAUGCUUCGAUGAAUUUAAUCGUAUCGACUUGGAAGUGCUUUCCGUAGUUGCACAACAAAUCUUGUCCAUUCAGCGAGGUAUCAACUCGGGCGCCACGACGUUGUUGUUUGAGGGCACUUUAUUGCAGCUCGAUAAAAGCUGUGCUGUGUUCAUCACUAUGAAUCCAGGCUACGCUGGGCGUUCAGAACUACCAGAUAAUUUAAAGGCUUUAUUCCGUUCUGUGGCUAUGAUGGUGCCAGAUUACGUUCUUAUAUCUGAAAUCGAGUUGUAUGCAUUUGGUUAUUUGAAUGCAAAACCACUCGCAGUCAAAAUUGUUGCUACUUACCGCUUGUGCUCGGAACAGCUGUCUUCACAGAGUCACUACGAUUACGGCAUGCGCGCCGUGAAAUCAGUUCUGCGCGCGGCAGGCGCGCUUAAAUUGCGUUAUCCUGACGAAGAUGAGGAUAUCAUCUUGCUGCGCUCAAUCAAGGACGUCAAUCUGCCCAAGUUUCUCGAACACGAUGUUCCGCUAUUCAUGGGUAUUAUUGGUGAUCUGUUCCCUGGUCUACCACUGCCACAAGCCGGCUUGCCGCAUCUGGUGCAGUGCUGUAAAGAAGUCUGUGUCCCACUGAAUUUGCAAGCCAACGACUUUUUCAUUGAGAAGGUUCUUCAGUUGUAUGAAAUGAUCCUCGUAAGACACGGCCUCAUGUUGGUAGGAUUCCCUUUCUCAGGAAAAACGAAAUGUUAUCAUGCUCUUGGAGCAGCUUUAGGCUGUGUGCACGACAAGAAAUUAAUGGCCGAGAAUCAUGUAGAGUGGACAGUGAUAAACCCGAAAUCGAUCACAAUGGGCCAGUUAUACGGGCAGUUCGAUCCCGUGUCCCACGAGUGGUCUGACGGCAUCCUGGCAGUUAGUUACAGAGCAUUUGCGGUUUCUCCUAACGAUAACAGAAAAUGGUUAGUGUUCGAUGGUCCUGUGGACGCGAUCUGGAUCGAGAACUUGAACACUGUGUUGGACGACAAUAAGAAGUUGUGCCUGAUGAGUGGCGAGAUCAUCCAGCUGGCACCCACCACUAACCUAGUAUUUGAACCUAUGGAUCUUGAGGCUGCUUCACCUGCUACGGUAUCGCGCUGCGGUAUGAUUUAUAUGGAGCCCAAAGGUUUGGGUUGGCGAUGUUUGUUGGAGUCGUGGUUAAAUACUCUACCACCGUUUCUGAAUACAGCCACUCAUGCCCUUAUCAGAGCGCUUUUCCACCGCUUUAUGUCUCCAUUACUUUGGCUGGUUGAAUUAUCGGGACAGCUUAAGCAAAUGUAUGUGACAUCACGUAGUAAUCUAGUUAAUGGAUGUUUUAAUAUAUUCGACACGUUUAUGGAUGACUUUUAUGAUGAAAAAUAUACAGAUUCUAUCGCGGAACUCGAUGUUAGGGCACAAUUAGAGGGUGUAUUCUUCUUUUCUGCCAUUUGGUCCAUUGGGGCAACGUUGGAAGCAGCUAGUCGCCCUAAGUUUGACAGGAUGUUCAGAGGAUUACUGGAAAAAGAAUUUCCAGAAGAGAUCAGACAAGCUUUAAAGUACCCGAAGGUGAUAGACAAGCCAGAAAAGCCGUACAUUUUCACUAUUCCAAAAGACGGACUUGUAUAUGACUAUCGAUACAUUAAAGAGGGCAAAGGUAAAUGGAAACCGUGGCAGGACGACGUGACCUCAGCGCCGCCCAUCAGCAGAGACACCGCGCCGAACCAGAUACUGGUGACCACCCUGGACAGCGUCACGUACCUUGCCCUGUUCAGGCUUCUAGUACAGCAUCAGAAGGCUGUCAUGAUGGUUGGACCCACUGGGACUGGCAAGUCCUCCUACAUUAUUGAUUUUCUAGUAAAAAGAGUAGAUACGAAAGUUUACAGGGCUCUCAUAAUGGCUUUCUCGGCUCAAACCAAUUGUAAUCAGACUCAAGAUAUUAUUAUGGGCAAGCUUGAUAAGAGGAAAAAAGGUUACUUCGGGCCACCAGUGGGAUCCUAUUCUGUAGUAUUUGUAGAUGACGUGAGCAUGCCACAAGCAGAGACUUAUGGUGCUCAACCACCUAUAGAGGUUUUGCGACAAGGCAUAGACUUAGGACUGUGGUACGACCGCAAGACCAACGUUGCUAUGCACCUCAUAGAUGUUCAGUUUAUGUGCGCGAUGGGCAAGCCAACGCCAGGAGCAAAAUUGAUUACUCCAAGGUUCUCUCGUCAUUUCAAUUUCCUUUGCAUCGACGAAUUUGAUGAGGACACUCUCAAGGUUAUAUUCGGCAGAAUAAUGUUGUGGCAUCUAGAUACAAGAGGCUUUUCCAAAGAAUUCGAUCCCAGUAUCGAAGAAAUUGUGAAUGGUACAUUGGAGGUGUACAAACAAUGUCGCUUGAAUUUGCUACCAACACCUUCCAAGUCGCAUUACACAUUCAAUCUACGUGAUUUUUCGAGGGUUAUUCUGGGUGUGCUGCUAUCUGUGCCGGAAGUUACACCUUCCCUUCAGUCCAUUAAACGCUUAUGGGUGCAUGAGUGUCUUCGGGUGUUUUCGGACCGCUUGAUUGAGGAAGCGGACAGGCAGUGGCUGGUCGAAUGUCUGCGAGACGCCACACGAAAACAUCUCAAUGAUGAAUUAGAUAACAUGCUUUCAAGACUUCUAGAUGGACCUAACGAUACGAUAACCGAUUAUCAUCUGCGAAACUUGAUCUAUUGCGAUUUCGCAAAUCCUAAGGUAGACACGCGGUUUUAUAUGGAGACAACUAAUAUGGAACAUCUGAACUCGACAGUUGACGCCUUUCUAGUAGAGUUCAACAAUAUGUCCAAAAAGCCGAUGAAUCUCGUGUUGUUUAGAUUUGCCAUUGAGCAUGUGUCGAGAAUUUGCCGCGUCCUGGCGCAACCCCGCUCGCAUGGGUUACUGGUUGGACUCGGCGGUUCAGGGAGGCAAUCUCUUACACGCCUGGCAGCUCAUAUCAAUGACUACGAUCUUUUCCAAGUUGAAAUGAGUCGAACUUACGGCAAAACUGAAUGGCGAGAGGACUUGAAAACUUUACUUAAGAAAUCAAGCACUCCUGAUUUGUUGAUGGUGUUCCUGUUUAUUGAAUCUCAGAUUAAAGAGGAAGGCUUUCUAGAAGAUGUAAAUAACAUGCUAAAUUCGGGAGAGGUGCCUAAUAUAUUUGGUGCUGAUGAAAAAGCAGAAUUGUGUGAAAAGAUGAGAGUCAUUGACAGACAGAGAGAUAGGUCGCUGCAAACGGACGGCACGCCUACAGCAUUGUACGCAUACUUCGUGUCGAUCGUGCGUGAUCAGCUGCACAUCGUGCUGGCCAUGUCGCCAGCCGGCACCUCGCUGCGAACACGCAUCCGCAAGUUUCCCGCGCUUGUCAACUGCUGCACCAUUGACUGGUUCCAGGAAUGGCCUCCAGAUGCCUUACUAGCGGUGGCGACACGAUUCUUAAAGGACAUAGAACUAACAGACCUGGAGCGGGAGACCGCCAUCAAACUAUGCCAAGUGUUCCACACGGACACGCAAGAACUUACACGUGCCUUCCUUCUGCGGCUGAAGCGGUAUAACUACGUCACGCCUACCGCCUACCUCGAGCUCAUUAACAUGUUUAAAGCGCUACUGACUAAGAAGCGAACGGAGCUACUUAUGGGUGAGAAGCGAUACCUGACCGGAUUAGACCAGCUUGCCGUCGCCGCACAACAAGUAGCAGUACUUCAGGAGGCUUUAGUAGUGCUCCAGCCGAAAUUGGCUGCUGGUGCUGCAGCUGUGGCGGAAACCACGGCUAAAGUGGAAAAGGAGAAAGAAGGAGUUGCAUUGGUUGAGGCUGAUGUAUUAGUGGACCAGGCAGCUGCGGAAAAGCAGGCGGCAGAAGCUCAAGGUAUAAAAGAUGAGUGCGACGCGGAUCUAGCCGAGGCCAUGCCGAUUCUCAAUUCUGCUCUGGCAGCCUUGGAUACCUUAACUCCUCAGGAUAUCACUUUCAUCAAGACCAUGAAGAGCCCGCCGAGAGGCAUCAAACUAGUUAUGGAAGCUAUUUGUAUUUUAAAGGAAAUGAAACCAGAUAAGAUUCCCAAUCCCUCGGGGGUAGGGACGAUAGAAGAUUAUUGGGGCCCAUCAAAGAAGCUCCUAAACGACAUCAAGUUCCUGGAGGGUCUGCAGAACUACGACAAGGACAACAUCCCGCCGGCCGUGAUGGCCAAGCUCAUGAAGACGGUCAUGCAGGACGAGGGGUUUGUGCCAGAGAAGAUCCGAGCCGUCUCCGUCGCUGCUGAGGGCAUGUGCAAGUGGGUAAUAGCCAUGACAAAGUACGACAAAGUGGCCAAGGUGGUGGCACCGAAGAAGCAGAGACUCGCUGCCGCACAGGCCGUCUAUGACAAAGCCAUGGCCGCUCUUGCUGUCAAACAGGCCCAACUCAGGGCGAUUCAACUCAAACUGAAAUCAUUAGAAGACGCAUUAGCGGAACAAAGUCGCCAACAAAAGAAACUCGAUGACGAAGUGAUGGACUGCAGUAACAAGUUGUAUCGGGCCAAAAUGCUUAUAUCAGGUCUAGGAGGAGAGAAAACGAGAUGGACACAAAUUGCCAAAGAUCUACGAGCAACUUAUAAUACCUUAACGGGUGACAUUCUUAUUGCCGCGGGUAUAAUCGCUUAUCUAGGUCCAUUCACAGCUAGUUUUCGGAUUGAACAGAUUAAAAAAUGGGCGCAAGUAUGUCACGACUGCGGAAUUGUAUGCACUCUGAACUACAGUCUUAUCAAAUCACUGGGCGAGCCGGUUACCAUUCAGCAGUGGAACAUAGACGGUUUGCCGGCUGAUGACUUCAGUGUUGAGAGCGCCAUUAUUAUCAUGACAGCCCGUCGCUGGCCACUUAUGAUCGACCCGCAGGGCCAGGCGAAUCGCUGGAUCAAGAAUAUGGAGAAGCCCAACAACUUGAGCGUAGUAAGAAUGACUCAAGCGGACCUUGGCAGAGUGUUGGAAAAUGCGGUGCAAUUUGGACAGCCGGUAUUGUUAGAAAACGUUUUAGAGGAAUUGGAUCCCAUGCUGGAACCUCUUCUUCAACAGCAAACUUUCCGGCAAGGAGGCGCUCUAUGCAUAAAAAUAGGGGACACCAUUGUUGAAUACAGCAAGGAAUUCAAGCUCUACAUUAGUACAAAGUUAGCAAAUCCUCAUUAUUUACCCGAAGUGGGCGUGCGUGUGACCUUGGUCAACUUCAUGUUGGCUAAAGAUGGUCUAGAAGCUCAACUGCUAGCUCGCGUGGUAGCGAGAGAAAGGCCAGAUCUCCAACAAGCCAAAUCCGAUCUGACCACGCAAGGUGCAGAACACAGGAGGCUUUUGCAAGACAUUGAAAAGAAAAUAUUAAACGUUUUGGCGACAUCAGAACACCUACUGGAAGAUGAAGAAGCUGUCCAGAUUUUGAACUCUGCGAAAGAUACGGCAAAUGAAAUAAAAGAGAAACAAGUGGUGGCUGUAGAGACUGAGAAAGCUAUUGACAUAGCGCGGGACGACUACGUGCCUAUCGCAAAGCACUCGACAAACUUGUUUUUCCUCAUUGCGUCAUUAGCAAACAUCGACCCCAUGUAUCAGUACUCGUUGGGAUGGUUCGAAGGCCUGUUCACCGGCGCUAUCGACAACACUGAAAAAGUUGAUGAGAUUGAAGAACGGCUAGCGAUACUACGCGCUUACUUUACAUAUUCGCUCUAUGCUAAUAUUUGCAGGAGUUUAUUCGAAAAGGAUAAGAUGGUGUUCUCCCUGCUGCUAACGAUAACUAUAAUGGUGGCAGAGGGCAACGUAGAACAGAAUCACGUGUUGUUCCUGAUGGGAGGAGGCCAGCCGAAGCAUCUGCCUCCCAACCCUGUCCAGUUUCUCAGUCCAGCUGCUUGGGCUGACUUUAACGGAUUGAACGAGAUUGACGUGUUUAAUGGGAUAAUAGAUCAUUUCAUGGCCCAUAUCAGUGAUUGGGAAGCAUACUGUGACACCCCAGACCCUCACAACCAGCCGCUUCCUGAACCUUGGGAAACAAAAUUACAGCCAUUUGAGAAAUUGAUGGUCUUACGUUGCGUGCGUUUAGAUAUGAUGGUGCAUGCGGUUCAAAAAUUUGUAGAAGGCGUAAUGGGCCGUCAGUUCGUUGAGCCGCCGCUUUUCGAUUUGGGAUCUUCUUACUCGGAGUCCCACUGUUGCAUCCCUCUUUUGUUUGUUCUUACUCCGGGGUCAGAUCCUAUGGGAACGCUUCUUAAAUUUGCUGAUGACCAGGGCUUUGGAUCGUCGCGCCUUUUCUCCUUAUCACUUGGUCAAGGGCAAGGUCCUAUCGCUGUGAAGCUCAUCGAUGAAGGAGUAAGAAUGGGUACUUGGGUAGUGUUACAAAACUGUCACCUCGCCAAGAGUUGGAUGCCAAUGCUGGAAAAGAUAUGCGAAGGUUUAACGCCAGACAAUGUAAAUCCGGACUUUAGACUUUGGCUUACUUCGUACCCUGCCGACCACUUCCCUGUUUACGUAUUGCAAAACGGAGUCAAGAUGACUAACGAGCCCCCGCAAGGAUUAAGAGCGAAUAUAGCUCGUUCAUACCAGAGCGAUCCGAUCAACGACCCAGAGUGGUUCGAAAGCAACAAGCAGCCAGAAAACUUCAAGAAGCUGCUGUUCGCGUUGUGCUUCUUCCACGCGGUGGUGCAGGAGCGGCGGCAGUUCGGCCCGCUGGGCUGGAACAUCCGCUACGAGUUCAACGAGACCGACCUGCGCAUCAGUAUCACACAGCUUAACAUGUUUCUCAAUGAAUAUGACGACGUGCAAUUCGUGGCGCUGCGAUAUUUGACGGGGGAAUGUAAUUAUGGCGGGCGCGUCACCGACGACUGGGACCGCCGCUGCCUGAACACUAUACUGUACAAGUUCUACAACCUCAGGACUAUUCGCGAGGACAAAUAUAAACUUGAAUCUACCGGCACGUACUAUAUACCGGACCUGAAGGAGCACGCGGACUUUAUCGCGUUCGCGCGCUCCCUGCCGGUGGCCACGCCGCCUGGAGUAUUCGGCUUCCACGCCAACGCUGACAUCACCAAGCACUUCCGCGAGGCCAAUGAAUUGCUCAACACCGCCAUAUUGACGCAGGACACUAUGGCCGGUGGAGGUGGCGGCGAAACGCCGGAGGAGCAGGCUAUGGCGAUAGCUGAAAAUGUGCUGGCGCGAUUACCUGCUAAGAUCCUAUCGGGUCCGUCGCACGAGGGCGACCUCAAGCCGGCCGAGAUGUCUCCCAUGUCUAUCGUGGUCAUCCAGGAGGCGGCGCGCUUCGAGCGCCUUGUCAACAUCGUCCGGACUAGCUCUCGAGCUGUUAUUGGCGCUGUGCAAGGUGUGAGUGUGCUCACGGACGUAACGGAGGAGGUGCUGACGAGCAUGGUCCGCGGGCGCAUACCGGCGUUGUGGGCCGGCAAAAGCUACCCGUCUCUCAAGCCGUUCGCGGCGUACGUCGACGAUCUUCUGGCUCGACUAGCGUUUUUACAGCACUGGCACGCGAACGGGCCGCCGGUGGUGUUCUGGCUGUCGGGUUUCUACUUCCCGCAGGCGUUCCUCACCGCCGCGCAGCAGAGUUAUGCGCGCAAGUACAAGAUACCCAUCGACCAGCUCGCUUUCCACUAUGAGGUGCAGCGUACAUUCGAACUCAAGGAGCGGCCUGAGGAAGGCGUGUACAUCCAAGGGCUGUUCAUGGAGGGUGCGCGUUGGAACAUGGAGGACUACUACGUAGACGAAUCGUUCCCGAAGGUCCUCUACGACACAUUCCCACCGGUAUGGCUCAUUCCUAUAAAGAGCUCGGACAUCCCUCAGGAAGAGUUCUACAACUGCCCGCUGUACAAGACGGGCGAGCGGCGCGGCGUGCUGUCCACCACGGGCCACUCCACCAACUACAUCCUGUUCAUGCGGCUGCCCACCAGCAUGCCUCCUGACCACUGGAUCUUACGCGGUGUAGCGCUGCUCACACAACUGCCCUUUUAAAGGAUCGCAAUAUAGAUUACACCUUUUUAAUGUUAUGUCUUUAUUGUCUAGGUAUUCAA